CAAUCGCAACCUCUCCAGCUGCAGUCAAGGUCAGAGCCAAGCAUCAGCUUUCAAGUCAAUCGUUUAGACACUCUUCCAACUACCACCUGACCAAGAUGCGCGCCGCAUUCUUCGCUGGCCUUGUCGGUCUUGCCUCUGCGGCCUCUCUUGGACGACGAGGCGGUCCAGGCGGUCCAGGCGGUUGCAUCGAUGAUGCCGGUGCCCAAAAGGUCGCCGACAACUUCCGCACCCUCAUCACCAGCUACUCCAAUGCCUCUGCCGAAGCCUACCUCACCCAGGACUUCACUGACUACUCCGACUCUGUGAACGAACUGAUCAACAAUGGCUGCCCCAACGGCCCACAGCCUCUGGGCUCUGCCACCUUCACCAGCCUUCAGUCCUUCGAGGCCGGCCAGGGGGGUCAACCAAGCAUCCCAUUCGAGAACCUCAACGUAUGGCACGGAUGCGACUUCGUCGCUCUCCGAUGGAAGUCCAGCGCUCCUGGCACCGUCCAGCCGGAGCAACAAGUCACCGGUAUCAUCAUCCUGGAGGUCUCAUGCAACCAGGGUAACACGGGCGAGCCAUGGCUGAUCAACACCGUCUACUCCGAAUUCAACAGCGGUGCCUGGCUCUACGAUCUCGGCGUCUUCACCCCAACUUGCAGCUCGAGCAAGGUCAAACGUACCAGCAACGGUCUGCCAAUCCGCAUGUUGUAAACUAGAGAUUGUAAAAGGAUAGCUAGCAUGUCUGGUGGAAGCGGGUUUCUUAGAGCAUGUCGCUGAGUCGACCAUUUCGUAUACUGCUAUGUGCUUUCUACAAGGAAUGCGGGAGCAUUAUUGAGGCGUGCAUCUUGAUCACCUUUAGCGGUAAUGAUGACCAUUGAAAGCAAUUUCUCCAGAGGCCUAAGCAUCACCAUCUCAAUUUACCUUUUUGCUGUCUUGCGC